UACGAUAAUUGGUCGACUAGUUUAAAAAGCAUUCCUCACUCUAACGAAAUUGCCAGUUUGCCUGAGCAUUUUGAUGCACGAGACUAUUUUUCUCAGUGCAGUGAUGUGAUUAGUCGAAUUGGUGAUCAAGGAAAUUGCGGGUCAUGUUGGACAUUUGGAGUUGCUUUCGCAAUUUCUGAUCGAAUUUGCAUUGCUUCAAACGGUCAACAGAAGCCUUGGAUUUCUACACAAGAUUUAAUGGAAUGUAUGAAUGAUUACCGAAAUAAUGGUUGUCAGGGAGGCUGGUCAAAUGAUGCUUGGAAUUUUUAUGCCACCAAUGGAAUAGUCACAGGAAGUGGUUCAGAUAUUGAAAAAGGUUGCAAACCAAACAUUUUUAGUGAUAAAAAAAUAGCUUAUGUUUCAUUUUCAUGCACUCUUAACUGCGAAAGCUCUGAAGUAUUAAGUGCGAAACAUGAUGACGAAUCAAAAAUGAAACAAUACUUAAAAGAUAAGCAUUUUGGCGCUGGACUAGUGACUACUAUUUCUUCUAAAGAUUCUGACCACAUUAACAAGAUCAAGCUGGAAAUGUACAAAAACGGACCUGUCACUGCAUUGAUGUUUGUUCCUGAAAAAACAGAAAGACAAAAAUUUGAAACUGAUGCAAAACUCGGUCUUAUCUACAGCAACGAUGCAGUCAACUACAAUACCUGGGGUUUCAACAAUGCUGCCACGACCGCUGAACAGCAAAUACAGUGUUUUCUCAUCUACGAAAGCGGCACUCAGACUAGCAAGUAUAGACUUUAUGAUAUACAACUCGACUAA